GAAACUCAGAAUUCUUGCGAGACAACAAUUUCUAAUGUAUCAACCUAUCAGAUUUCUCAUGUUAUUGUACCAGAUAUGGUUUUUCUUAAUCAUUCACAUAUUUCUGAUGAAAUUUCUUACAAAUCUGAUGAGAAUAUUUCGGAUGAAUCUAAUCAUGAUCGAAAAUCUGAUGUAGUUUUGAUUGAUGCUGAUUUUUCUAACAAUCCUUUACUCUGCAAUGACAUUCUUAAUAAAUUCGAGGAAACUAUUUCAGAAGAAUCGAAUCUUGAUGUCAUAUCAAAUAUUAUUUGUCCUCAUGAUGCAUUUGUUUCUUGUGAGAAACUUGUUCAAUGCGAGGCACGAGUAAUAAAUGAGUUAGAGUUUGAUUACAAUUCAGAUAAUUCCAAAUCAACUGUUGUUUGUCCUUACUCUAGUCAAAUUGAGAAAGAUGUUUUAAAUGAAGCCACAUUAUUCGUAACCUGGGGAUAUGAAGAUCCGACAUUAUUUCGUGGGGGAGGAUAGUCUAUGGUUCAUAUUCUAGGUAGUAGUUUCAGUAUUCAACAGGCAUGGUGAUCGUUCACAAUCCCAGAAAGCAAAUAAUACAGAGUCUUUAUCCAAUACAUUGUCGGACAGAUACAGUAUGAACUUGAGAAGAAGACGUACAAUUGAUUACAGACACUUAGACUCUAAUUUAAGCUGUGGCGGAUGUGGUGUUUGAAUGAACUAAUGACUCCUUUGUACUUGUUGAAUGU